UUCCCAGCAGCUGUAAUUGCCGCUGCGGGAGAAAUUGGAGCUGUUGUCGCCGGCACGCCCGCUGCCUCUCUCCCGGACUGAGAAGAGCCACAGCUUCUUCUCUAGCGCUCUUCAUACACCUAGCGCCCGGGACGCCGGCAACAGUCCCAGACCCACUGCAGCCACCUCAGGCAUUCGCUUUGCAGGUCAUACCCCUUAGCCCGGCAACUGAGGGUGGUCCCCUGUCCCUAACCGACUUUUCACUCCACGUCAUCUGUGCCCUCCUCAGCGUCGCCCGGGACCCACCUCUCCACAUACUAACUGACGAGGAGGAGACGCUGAGAAUCACCCUUCCUUCAGGCGGAGCCGGCCCCCUCACCCGCGGGUGUGUCCUAUAAAUGGCGUCGGAAAGCGACACCGAAGAAUUCUAUGACGCCCCUGAAGAUGUGCACCUGGGGGGCAGCUAUCCUGUAGGGUCUCCAGAAAAGGUUGGACUUUCAUCAGUCAAGGAAACAGAGAACACAGCACAAAAAGCUGGAAAUGAGUCCCCUGUACAAGAGCUGAAACAAGAUGUAUCUAAAAAGAUAAUUGAAAGUAUUAUUGAGGAAAGUCAGAAAGUACUAUUAGAAGAUGACUCUUUGGAUUCCCAAGGGAAAGGACUCUCUGAUCAGGCUACUGCCAGUUCUUCUGUGGCUGAGACAGACUUUAGUGACAUACCUGGACUAUUAUCCAUAGAGCAUGAACUACAACAAGACUCUGAAAAGGCAGACAGUCCAAAUGUAUUUGAAGAAGCUGAAUUAGAAGCACAAAUAUGUUUUCCUUCUGAGGACCCCUGUGAGAAGACUGUAGAGGAAACUGCUAAUGUAGCUGAAGGAAGUUCAGCUGAGCAGCUUGAUGUUUCUGAACUGGAAACCGAAAUACUGAGCAAGGAAGUAAUGGAAGUCAAAGAAAGCGAUAUUCUAGAUCCUGCAUCCUCAGAUUCUCGGUCUACUAAAGAUUUUGCUGCUGCUGAAGAAGUGGCUCCCGCCAAACCCCCAAGGCACCUUACUCCAGAACCUGAUAUAGUAGCCAGUACAAAGAAGCCUGUUCCUGCACGCCCACCUCCACCAACUAAUUUCCCACCUCCUAGACCCCCACCUCCAACCCGACCUGCACCACCACCAAGAAAAAAGAAAAGUGAAUUGGAGCUUGAGGCUCUUAAAACACCUGAUCUGGAUGUACCCAAAGACAACAUUACAUCUGAUUCUCUCCUUACUGCAAAUGUGGCUUCAGAGAGUACAGUUAGAGAUUCCCAGCCUUCUCUUGAUUUGGCAAGUGCUACAAGUGGAGAUAAAAUAGUUACUGCCCAGGAAAAUGGAAAAUCACCUGAUUUGCAGACGGUAGCAGGGGAAGUGAUGGGCCCUCAGAGACCUAGAUCCAACUCUGGGAGAGAGCUUACUGAUGAGGAAAUUUUAGCCAGUGUAAUGAUUAAGAACCUGGAUACUGGAGAAGAAAUACCUCUAAGUCUUGCUGAAGAGAAGUUGCCAACAGGUAUUAAUCCUCUCACUCUACACAUCAUGAGAAGGACAAAGGAGUAUGUAAGCAAUGACGCCACACAGUCUGAUGAUGAAGAAAAGUUGCAGUCACAACAAACAGAUACUGACGGUGGACGGUUAAAGCAGAAAACGACUCAACUAAAGAAAUUCCUUGGAAAAUCAGUAAAGAGAGCAAAGCAUCUUGCUGAGGAAUAUGGUGAACGUGCUAUAAAUAAGGUUAAAAGUGUAAGAGAUGAAGUGUUUCAUACUGAUCAAGAUGACCCUUCAUCAAGUGAUGAUGAAGGAAUGCCAUAUACAAGGCCAGUUAAAUUCAAGGCAGCACAUGGUUUCAAAGGACCUUAUGAUUUUGAUCAGAUCAAAGUGGUGCAAGAUCUUAGUGGUGAACAUAUGGGAGCUGUUUGGACAAUGAAAUUUUCUCACUGUGGCCGAUUACUUGCCUCAGCUGGACAAGACAAUAUAGUGAGGAUAUGGGCUUUAAAAAAUGCUUUUGACUAUUUCAACAAUAUGCGAAUGAAAUACAAUACUGAAGGCCGUGUGUCACCAUCACCAUCUCAGGAAAGUCUAAGUUCAUCAAAGUCUGACACAGACAUAGGGGUAUGUAGCGGAACUGACGAAGACCCAGAUGACAAAAAUGCACCAUUUCGGCAGCGGCCAUUUUGCAAAUAUAAAGGACAUACUGCUGAUCUCCUUGAUCUUUCGUGGUCUAAAAACUACUUCCUGCUUUCUUCUUCCAUGGAUAAAACGGUCAGGUUAUGGCACAUUUCUAGAAGAGAAUGCCUUUGCUGUUUUCAACAUAUAGAUUUUGUCACUGCCAUCGCUUUCCAUCCAAGAGAUGACAGGUAUUUUCUCAGUGGAUCAUUAGACGGAAAGCUCCGCCUAUGGAACAUACCUGACAAAAAAGUGGCUUUAUGGAAUGAAGUAGAUGGUCAGACAAAAUUGAUCACGGCUGCCAACUUCUGUCAGAAUGGCAAAUAUGCAGUAAUUGGGACGUAUGAUGGUAGAUGUAUUUUCUAUGAUACAGAGCAUUUGAAAUACCAUACACAAAUACAUGUACGAUCUACUAGAGGGCGCAACAAGGUUGGAAGAAAAAUUACUGGCAUUGAACCUUUACCUGGAGAAAAUAAGAUAUUGGUAACCUCAAAUGACUCCAGAAUCAGACUAUAUGAUCUCAGAGACCUAUCACUGUCCAUGAAGUAUAAGGGUUAUGUCAAUAGCAGCAGCCAGAUCAAAGCAAGUUUCAGCCAUGACUUUACUUACCUCGUUAGCGGUUCAGAAGAUAAAUAUGUUUAUAUCUGGAGUACUUACCAUGACCUAAGCAAGUUUACUUCAGUCAGGAGAGAUCGUAAUGACUUCUGGGAAGGUAUUAAAGCACAUAAUGCAGUUGUUACAUCAGCCAUCUUUGCUCCAAACCCGAGUUUGAUGUUAUCCCUGGAUAUACAAACUGAAAAAUUAGAAGGGACUGGUAAAAGUGAAGAUGCUGAAGUUUUGGAUAGCACAUCUACUGGUAUUGUGAAGACAGAUAACACAGAAGUUCUUCUCUCUGCUGACUUCACUGGAGCAAUCAAAGUGUUUAUUAAUAGAAGGAAAACUGUAUUUUAAUUUGAAAUUAUAUUUAAAAUAAGCCUAUCAGUAAGUUUCUAUAUGUAUCAGAAAUGAGAAAAGUAUUAUAGUGUUUCAGGCUAACAUCCUUUUUUAACUUUUAUUGAAAGUUGUUCAAAUAUAAUAUAUAUUUUUGAGAGGCAGUGUUAGUGAUCUAGGAACCCCUAGACUGCUAGACUAGAAAGAAUGUGGCUAGAUUAACAUUGCCAAGCAUAGAGUUUAUGUUUUGUUAUGUUUAUGUUUUGUUAUAUAAUUAUAAACAUGCACAGGUUUCUGCAUGAAAAGAUAUUAAUAUAUUAAUCACAUGUGUGUGCCUUUUGGUUACAUGCACUAAAUUUAACAAAGUUAAAUUAUUUUGGUGGCUCUUUUGGCCUCCUACUGGGUGAUAGUCUUGUUUCUAGCUCUAAAAUUUUUUUUGCACAAAAUUUCAUUUUUAAGAAACAUGGUAUCUUUUGACUGAAUUAUUGUUUUGAAAAUGUUAUAUAGGUUUUCAAUAGGUCAAUAACCAUGUAUAAAUGGUUUUUUAUGAAUUUCUCAAUUUGGGGACAAGAUUUUUUUUUGUGAUCUAAAUUGUGGACUUAUUCUUUACUUUGUAUGUGUAUAUAUAUAUAAUUUUUUUUCUUUGCCACACUGGAGCACAAUGUUUCUAUGUAAAGAAUUCUUUACUUUAUCCAUGAGCACCAGGCUUUGCUCACUUAAAAAUAAGCCCCAUUAAGGAGUAAGUCUUCUUUUUUACAAUAAUGUAAAAAUGAACUGUUUACAUUUUUUUAAAGCAUUGUAGUUUUUAAAAAAUUAAGCUGUUUUGUUUUGUGUUGUUGAAUUUGAAAGGCUUUGUAAAUACCAGUAUAAUGUACCAAUGAAAUAACAUCUGGGACAAAGGAACCCUGGUAAUGUUGUUGAUGGUUUGCAUAUGUUUAUGAAAUUGAAAUAUGUAUCAUUAAAGUUGGUCAUCAACACUU